AUGGCACUCGUCAAGCUCUACUUGUCUCCUGCUCUGCUGCUCCUGGUGCUCAGCUGCCCUCUGUGGCAGCCCAGCCACUCUUUGCCAGUGAUGAAUAAAGGACCAAUGACAGACUCCUGUGUUUCCUACGCACGGACACUUCUACAGAACAUCACUCAUGCACUCACACAGAAUAACCUGUUCAGUGGGAUCGACUGCGCGAAGCAGAGCAUGGAGCUGAACGUGGGCACUAACACGCCGUCUGUGUGCGCCCCAAAGGAAUCCACAUGCUCAGGAAUCGUUAAGUCAGAAUUUGAUCAGGAGUCAUGCGUGGCAAACAUUGGGCAGGAUCUGCAUCACUACUACAAAUUUAUAGCUGCUCAGCCGGAUCCUGACAGUUUACUCGGCCCAUCUGUCCUCUUCAGCCUCAGAGAGCUCAUGCAGAACUGCUUUACGUGGUCAGCAGACAUGGCUUCAGAGGAGGCUGUGGACCGUCCGGGCACCUACGACGAGAGACUGAGCCUGUGCAAAGUGCUGAAGGGCUUCCACGCCCGCACCAUCACUAUCAACAGAGUCAUUGCGUACAUGAACUCUGGUGAACACACUAAAUGA